AUGUCCGGAUUACACAUCGGUGUCCACUUCGCUUUGGUAUGGAUUUGCCUAGGCACAAUCGUAGAAGGUGCUCCUGUGGUCCCGGAUGCGGAUCCUGCAGAGGCUACCGACUUCUAUCAGCUGUUCAACAAUCCCGAUGCGCAUCUGUCUUUGGCCACUGCUCCAACCACGCUUGAUUACAUCACGGAACACGGCUAUCCAGCGGAGCGGCAUUAUGUGACCACCGAAGAUGGGUAUAUCAUCAGCCUCUUCCGCAUUCCCUACUCGCACAAUCUGCAGAAUGAGGACCAGCAGCGUCCCAUCGCCUUCAUCCAGCACGGACUCUUCGGCAGUUCCGAUAGCUGGCCCUGCCUGGGCCCAGACGACGCCCUUCCCUUCCUGCUCUCGGAUGCCGGCUACGAUGUCUGGAUGGGAAAUGCUCGAGGUAACCGCUACUCCAGGAACCAUACUUCCCUCUCCACGAAGCAUCCCAACUUCUGGCGGUUCAGCUGGCACGAGAUCGGGUACUUCGACAUCGCCGCUUCCAUCGACUACACGCUCUCCACGGAGAACGGCAAAGGACAGACGGGCAUCCACUAUGUGGGCCACUCACAAGGCACCACUGUUCUGUUCGCUUUGCUUUCCUCGCGUCCGGAGUACAAUGCAAAGAUCAAGACUGCUCACAUGCUGGCCCCGGUGGCCUUUAUGGACCACAUGGAUGAUUUCCUGGUGAACACCCUGUCACCCUAUUUGGGACUCAACAAUGCCUACUCGCGGCUCUUCUGCUCCCAGGAGUUCCUGCCCUACAAUGACUUUGUCCUUGCUCUGCUGUACAACAUUUGCCGAACCGGAUCCGUGGUCUCUGAUUUCUGCAGCAGCAGCAAUGAUAACACAACCCAAGAAGGACGAACCAAUAAGACCGCCUCAUAUAUGAUUAUUGGGGUCAUGCCCGCUGGCGUCUCAACCGACCAAAUCCUGCACUACAUGCAGGAACAUCAGUCAGGACACUUCCGUGAGUUCGACUAUGGCACAAAGAGGAAUCUGAAAUAUUACGGCACGGAAACACCAGCCGAUUAUCCCACCGAGAAGAUUACUUGUGAAAUGCAUAUGUGGUACUCGGACAACGAUGAAAUGGCCGCAGUGGAGGAUGUUAUUCGCCUGAGCGUGACAAUUCCCAACGCCAUAAUGCACCAUAUGGAGGAUCCUCUGUGGGAUCAUGGAGACUUUGCCAUGAACUGGGAAGUGCGCUAUUACAUCAAUGAACCAAUUAUCGCCAUCAUGAAUAAACACGAGGCAGAAAACCCCCAGUGAUAAGGACCUAGACCACUUGUAUAAAACAUUUUAAGUAGCUUGUAGCAUAGUUAUGGCAUAUGUAGUAUUAAUUUAAAUCAGAAUAAACACAAAUACAAUCUUAUCAAGAA